GGGAGCCAGUUGGGCGAGGGAGAGCCCCCGGCUGCCAGAAGGUCCCGCCAGGAGGAAACCCAAGUGUCACUUGAAUUCUGCCCGAGGAGCGGGCGCCUGGGAUCCGAGAGCCUUGUUUAGCAAUAACGGCUGGAGCGCGUCCUACAAGUUACGGGAGAGUCGGCCGGGAAGGAGAACAAUCGGUGGGCUCCUCCGCUUUCACUCCUGGCCCCCCUCGAGAACCCAGCGUUGCCUCGCGCUGGAACCGGAGCUCCAGAAUGAAAAGCAAGAAAGACACAACACGAGGGGCUGUUGUGGGGAGACGGGCCUCUCCACGCUGCUGGCACGUUGUCAAGAAACACGCUGACCGCCUUGUUUGUGCGCCUCCAAGUUUCAUUGUCUCCGCCGACACCGCACGCCGCCGCGUGGCUUCUCGCUCCUUCUCGCCGGCAGAGAGUGGGGUCCAGGUCCGGGGCACCCCCGGCCCAUUUGUCCCGGUCGGGACUGAGGCGGCCCGGACGGCGGAGCCGAGGCGCCUUUGUCUGAAAGUUGAGCGUCUGGGCCCCCCCUCACUCCGGAUUGGGCCGGGCAAGCUCUUCGCUAGUGAUGGGGUGUUUUCACAAUCGGAGGAAUGCGACUCUGGACCCCCAGAUCGCCCUCGGGCGUCGGUACUUUUGGAAAGCUAGAUUUUUCAGAAUUCCCAGUCUCUAAAAGUUUUCCCACAAUGAAUUUGGGGCAAGAGGAAGAGUUAGGACUGAGGGCAAGCGGCGUGCAGUCAGAAUGAGUCCAAAUGUAACAUGCAAAAAGUGAGUGUCAUUGUUUCCACGAAGCGUUUUGGAAGCCUUGCAACUAAAAUUUGCCGUCAGUCUGGUUUAAAAACAAAAUACACAGAAAAAAAGAAAGAAAAAAACACCACCACGAAAGGUCAAAGAAUGUUAACUCCCUUUUGAAGUUAACUUUUGAGUCCUCGCCUGGGAGGUACCCCUGAACGUUCCGUCGUGGGCCGGAGUUGGCUUUUCUGUUGUGAUUUAUGUCGAGUGGUUCAAAACAGAAGUUAAUCGCUGGGGGAAGCCAGCGCGGGCGGGGAGCGGGGGUGGGGAGCGCUGUUGCGCAUGCCCAGCAGCGUCCAGAGUUUCUCCAACUUCACAUUCUUUCAGUCGUCCGGCGAAUACAGUUAAAACGGGCUCCUGCUAGAGGGGGACACCCUCGAACCCGAGAGGGUUCCCUCGGCCACGUUUUCACCUUGGACUUUUGUUCGUUUGAUCCUGGGCUGGUGACUUUGACAUACGCGGAGCCCCACCUCCUGCUUUCCGGGCGAGAGUAAAACCCGGGCAUGGGUAGUUGUAACGGGAUUCCCUGCGUCCCCUCCCCGGGGGCUCGGAGGUUUGGGCGUUUUAACUGGGCUCGGGGAGAAAACGCGCGCGGGGAGCGCCCGGGUGGCCUCUAGAGGCCGUGUCGACUCGUGGAGGACUGACAGGUUCAGAUCAUCACUGGAAGGCGUCCUCGCCCUCGUGGUUGAACUGACUGGUAUAAGUUUGGGGGUUGUUUUUGAUGAUCCGAGAGCAAAGCUGGACUUGCGCGGGGGCGGGCUGCCCCCAUUGUUCGGACUCUGGUUGGGGAGGCAAUGAAUAUCCUCCCCGAAACACCCCCAAGGCUCUCGGGUGCCCUCCCCCGGCACCCCUAUCCCCCCUCGGCACUCUCGGGUACCCGACCCCGUUCCCCACCCCACCCCCAGCAGAGGGUCGCGGCAGGAACCCGCCGGCCCCUGGGGAAUAUUCGGGACGCGCUGCCCUGGGGCGCCAGGUCCCGCUCCUGCGCGCCGACUCCUGGAAACAAUGAAAGGUGUCGUUGCCGCGUCCGGCAGUGAGACGGAGGAUGAUGACAGCAUGGACAGCCCCCUGGACCUCUCCUCUUCCGCUGGCUCAGGCAAGAGAAGGCGAAGGGGCAAUCUGCCCAAGGAGUCCGUUCAGAUCCUCCGAGACUGGCUGUAUGAGCACCGGUACAACGCCUACCCCUCCGAGCAAGAGAAAGCGUUCCUGUCCCAGCAAACACACCUAUCGACACUACAGGUCUGUAACUGGUUCAUCAACGCCCGUCGCAGGCUCCUCCCGGACAUGCUGAGAAAGGAUGGCAAAGAUCCAAAUCAGUUCACGAUUUCCCGCCGUGGGGCCAAGACUGCUGAAGCCGGUUCUGUAGAGUCAGCGGUGGCUCUCAGAGCCUUCGCACCGGCUCUGGAGGAGAGCGCGUUUCAUUCCUGUACAGCUGGACCAAACCCAGCCCUGGGGAGGCCCCUGUCUCCCAAGCCAUCAUCCCCGGGAUCAAUUUUGGCUCGUCCAUCAGUGAUCUGUCAUACCACUGUGACUGCGCUGAAAGAUGUGCCUUUCUCUCUCUGCCAGCCAGUUGGCGUGGGACAAAACACAGAUAUACAGCAGAUAGCAGCCGGCAGCUUCACAGACACCUCCCUCAUGUACCCGGAGGACUCGUGUAAAUCCGGACCAAGUACAAAUACACAGAGUGGUCUUUUCAACACUCCUCCCCCGACUCCGCCGGACCUCAACCAAGACUUCAGUGGCUUUCAGCUUCUUGUAGACGUUGCACUCAAACGGGCUGCAGAGAUGGAGCUUCAGGCCAAACUAACGGCUUAACCCCUUUUUCAAGCAAAACAGUUCUCAAAGAUGUUAUGAUUGCCGGGGUGAUGGCAAGAGAUGAAUUGCAUUAUUUUAUAUAUUUUUUUAUUAAUAUUUGCACAUGGGAUUGCUAAAAUGAAGCUUCCUGUUACUGAGAUGUCUUCAAUGGAAUAUAGUCAUUCCAAGAACUAUAAACUCAAAGCUACUGUAGAAACAAAGGGUUUUCUUUUUUAAAUGUUUCUUGGUAGAUUAUUCAUAAUGUGACAUGGUUCCCAAGAUCAUGUGAUUUCCCCCCCCUUCCCUCUUUUUUUUUUUUGGUUGGUGUUUUUUUCAGACUGUGCAAUACUUAGAGAACCUAUAGCAUCUUCUCAUUCCCGUGUGGAACAGGAUGCCCACAUACUGUGUAAUAAAUUCUCAGUUUUUUCCCAAACAGGUAUGAAUCUAGUUGAUUGAUGCAUUUUUUUUCAUGACGUAAUAAAGUAUUUUCUUUAAAAA